AUGUCAACAACAGAGAACACAACAACAGUUAUAGUCCAUGAAGCUAUAAAUGAAGAAUAUGAGUGGGUUCAGUUUAACAAACAACUCCGUCUCAUUCGUUCGGUCAAAGACGAUAUGUACCAAAUGCAAAGUAUUUUGACAGCAUGUUUUGCUCCAGAUACUAAGCUUCCUAAAGACUGGUUUAGGAACCAAAGCACACAAGAACUUUUGAGCGAAGCACAGCGAGACAUACUUUUUUCUGAAAACAGUGAAGAACAGCGAGUAGGGAAGAAACCCCAGUCGCCAAAACUCUAUGAAAAUCGUGAAAAAUUGCCAAACGGUUUGAGAGGCUAUUAUGUACAUAGACUUCUUGUAAAUGCUGUUGCAAUGUGGGCUUCGCCUCGUUAUGCUUGGAAUAUAUACAGACUUCUUGACGAAAUUCAUAGACAAGAACGUGAAGAGCUAGAGAACAAGCUUGAAGCAAAAGAUAAAAGCAUACAGAAAAGAAUACCGCGUUCAGUACCAAAAGGAAAGGAAAAGAACUAUAAGUAUAUGA